GUGAUUCGGUAACUUCAUCCGCACAUUCACAUAAAGCCUCAUCUUUAUCAUCCACUAACCUCCCGUAGCUCCUCGCAGAUACAGGAAAUGGCGCUCAAUCUAUCCAACGUCUUCCUCCAAGGAAAACCCUGCCCUGCAGUCCUCCCUCCGAAGAAGGGCAGUGGAGUUAGCAAUUAUCGAGCAGUGGUGACUUGCAGGAAGAAGGACAUACACCCGCAGUUCUACGAGGAUGCAAAGGUGUACUGCAAUGGGGAGCUGGUGAUGACCACGGGUGGGACCCAGAAGGAGUACACGGUGGACGUGUGGUCCGGCAACCACCCUUUCUACCUCGGAAACCGGUCGGCUCUGCUCGUCGACGCCGACCAGGUUGAGAAGUUCCGCAAGAAGUUCGGCGAGCUGUCUGAGAUUAUGGAGAUUCCAGUUCUCAAGGGGGAGAUUGUUCUCCCAUCCAAGCGCAAGUCUGCUGGCAAAGGAGGCAAGAAAAAGUAGAAGCUUUUGGAUUCAUUCAUGGACUCUAUUAGGUAAUUUCAAAAUUUGAUAAAAAAAUUUUAACAAAAAAAUGUUGGGGUUUGAUUUAUCCAGUUACUGGCACGUGCAGUUUUGAUUUGCUGAUACAUGCUUUUGCCAAUUGUAUGAAAAUGCCAAUUGUUUAUUUGUUAAUAUGCUUUAUUGACCUCUUAUAUAGAGUUGCUUGAUGCGAGAACGCAAUAUAAAUUGAUGCUUUGUGUGUGAAA